AUGUCUAAAAUCUUCAAUGAGUCCAAUAUCCUAUGUCCAUGUCACUGCAAAACUGGUGAGGAUCUUAAUCCUCAUUUCCUGAAACAUUUAUCAUAUUUAUACUUUUGUCCAUCUUGUCAAGCAGUGAAAUGUGAGGAAUGUUGUGCCAUACAUGUAGAAAGCAAAUUCUGUCCAUCAUGCCUAUCCGUUUAUUCCUCGAAUGAAUCCCAUUGCAUGAAAAGCUGCUUCAAUUGCCCAAAAUGUUCUUCUAAGCUUUCCGUCACUGUCCUUCCUCAUAUGCUUAACCAAAGGGAAGCGAAAUUCUUUAACUUCAAUUGCGUCUACUGCAAAUACAAUUACUCAUCCGAACCAGUAUUGAAACCGAGACCGGUAUUUACCAUAGUCAAAGAGGACAAGCAAAAAAACGAUAGUUCAACGAAUAUGUUUAAUGAUAUUUAUAACAAUAUGAUCAAUAGAGAAAAAUUAAAUGUGAUAAACCAAAAUGACUACGCUUUAUCACCAGAUAUAAUUAACAAGCUAGAGAUCAUGGGUAUCAAGAAAGUGUCAAAAUUUAACCCGACGACACAUCUUCAAGAUAGUGUUAACAAGAAUGAACUGGUUGCUAUAAAUCCUACGGAGGAUUUCAGUAAGGCAUCUCAAGUGGCCAUUAAGGACAAAAUGAGCGAUUUCAUGAAUGUUAAACAAAGAUGCAAAAACGGCAACAUCAGCAAUGAUUCAUCAAUUCUAUAUCCGAUAGCAACAACUUUAAUUCCCAAGAAAUCGUUGAAAUGUUUGAUGUGUAAUAACAAUAUAUUAACACCCAAUGUAGAUACAAUAAAAUAUGAUGUCAAAUGGAAUGCUGUUGAUUUCUUACCUACUUUGCAUUUGUCAAAUCCUGAUGAUGAAGAACCUGAUAGGAUGUUAGAGCCUGGGGUUUCUUAUACAUUUCUUAUUAGCUUGACUAACCCCUUAAGCGAAAAGGCUGAUAUAAAACUUUCAUAUAUCUCGAAACUAGGAAAAUCUUUCAUAUCUUCCGCAGAUAUUCAAGCUGACAUUUAUAUUCUGGCAACUGAAGUUUCGUUGGGUCCGUCACAUAAUCUCAAAGACCUUAUAAAGUCUAUUCCUACUUCGUUUCUAACUAAAAAAACAAUGAUAUCUCGUUCAGAGAUUUCGUUGAGAAGGGAAGCAGCUAUAAAGUCUGGGGUCAAUGAUUGGUGUCUGAUCCCGUUAAACUUUACUGCUACUUUCUCAAAAAAUAUAAAAGCACAAAAUGUGGAUAUAUAUGUACCAUUGUACAUAACAGUUACAUCAGAACUUCCGGAUAAAGUGAGAGAAAUGGAAACAUCAAAAGAACAGCUCAAAUUUGGUUACUGGAACAUAAUAAAAUUGGGAGUCUUUUCAAUAGGUUGA